CGUUGUGUAACUUCCUGUACACGCACGGUCCGUUCCGCAAAUCGUCCGCUGUUCUGGUUCAGAAGGCCAAAUAGCGACACUUCGCUUCAAAGACGUCAUGGCUGCAACCUUGCGUUUACUUUACAGCGUGUCAAGGCCAGGCACUUUUGUGACCAGCCAGAAUCUAGUGAGGUCCUUCAGUGUCUCUGCACAAAGGGAAGGAUUCAAGUAUGUGAAUGCCCAGGAGAUUCCCACAGACAUGAAGUCCAUUACAGACCGUGCUGCUCAGACGCUGCUGUGGACAGAGCUCUUCAGAGGUCUGGGUAUGACCAUGAGCUACCUGUUCAGAGAGCCUGCCACCAUCAACUACCCAUUUGAGAAGGGACCCCUGUCGCCUCGCUUCAGAGGAGAGCACGCCCUGCGCAGGUAUCCUUCAGGAGAGGAGCGCUGCAUAGCCUGCAAGCUGUGUGAAGCUAUCUGCCCUGCCCAGGCCAUCACCAUCGAAGCUGAAACUCGCAGUGACGGCAGCAGGAGGACGACUCGCUAUGACAUCGACAUGACCAAAUGCAUCUACUGCGGCUUCUGUCAGGAGGCGUGUCCUGUGGAUGCCAUCGUAGAGGGUCCUAACUUUGAGUUUUCCACCGAAACCCACGAAGAGCUGCUCUACAACAAGGAGAAGCUCCUCAACAACGGAGACAAGUGGGAAGCAGAGAUAGCUGCCAACAUACAGGCUGAUUACCUCUACCGAUAGUCACCACACACACACACAUACGCAGUGUACAGUUAGCACAUACCAGCGUAACCUCUCUGACACACACAGACGUCCAUACUGUACAUACUGUAAGACAGACUCAGCUGUGAUGGAUGUGCUUCAGGGUUGGAUUUGUAUUUGACGAUGCAUCCUUUGUUUCAAAUCAAACAUCAGCGCCAUCCUCUUCUGAUAAGAUGAUUAUACUUCAACAUGUUUCUUGAUUUUUACCACUGCAAUGUUUGGAUCAUAUAUUUAUUGAAGACAGAUGAAUACCGCACUGUCUGUGUGACAGCAUGGACCAGUGUGUGAUCAUCCAGUGAGGACCACGUGCUUGUGUCUGCACAGUCUCACUGGACUAACGAGUGUGCAGACUGACUUCAUCCUGGUUUCAGUCUGAUGUCCCACUAAAGUGUACAUGGAUUAUUGUUAUUAUCUGGGGUGUCAGUACGUAGUUUUAUGGUCUUCUUGCUGUUUCAACCCUGCCUCAAAUAAAAUAAUUCUGGGAGAAA